GCUGGAUCACCUUUUGGUUGGAUGUUUAACUGAUUAAUGGAAGGCAGAAGUCCCUACAGAAUAUAUGAUCCGGGAGGCACAGCCCCAAACCGACUGGCCGCUCUGAGGCAAAACAUGGAAGGAAUAUUGAGUUUGGGUGACUUGUUAGAGGAGUCUCAGAGUGUGGUUUUUACUCUCCGCCAGAAAGCUGAAGCUCUGACCAAAGACGACCAGCAUUUGCAGCCUUCUUCAUACCCAGCUGCUCCAUCCCCUCACCCUGGAUCGAUGGAUAACGAAAAAGAGAACGCAGAUGAUUUCUUGCAUGUACGGAUGGAAAAACUGAAUGUGGAAUCACAUACUACUGCGAAAACUAACCAGAAAUCUCCAACAAGUGGAUCAUCUUCGGAAUUUGAAAUUCUGGGUCACAGUGAAAGAAGAAAGCCUCUUGAAGCCAGAUUAUCGGACCCUGGCCCGAAUGUGCAUCAUGAAGACGAAAACCUACAUCAUCACCUGCAGCGUAUGGAGAAUUCACUGAGCAUGUUCGCUGAGGAACCUGACCAGAACCGGCUUCUCAAUCACAUAAGCCGAAUGGUGCUGGAGUUUAACCGCCUGGCAGGCAAAGUACAUAAGAACGAGAUGCGGACAUCGGUAUUACAGACAUUGUGUGAACAGCUGAGGAAAGAGAAUGAAGACUUGAGGCACAAGCUGGAAGCUGAUUGGAACAAGAGGAGCCAGGUUGAGCAAGCUUUGAGAUAUGAAAAUGUGGAGCUGAGGAAGUUAAUUCUAGACAAAGGGAAAGCACCAGUAAACCAUACCACCCCAGCAGUGGAGGACAAGAUAGAGAAUGCUACACAUCAACAGGCAGCCAAAUUACUUGAAAAGUCAACAAAUAAAGACCAAAACGGAGCAUUGGUAAAGAAGGUGAAAAUUCUGGAACAUCAGAGGACAGAGCUCCUGGAAGUAAAUAAGCAAUGGGAUCAGCAGUUCCGCUCUAUGAAGAUGCAAUAUGAAGAGAAGAUCACAUCCCUGCGUCAGAAGUUGUCUCAGGCCACCAAGAAUGAGAGUGAACAGGAAGCAGAAAGAGACCGCAAGCAGAGAGAUUUUGACCGCAAGCUCCUUCUUGCUAGGGACAAAUUGGAGGAGAAAGAGGCACAAAUCCAGAAGCUGGAGUCUGACAUAAGAGAUCUGAAGCAAAAGAAUAAGUUUCUCCAUGACCAGCUGAGCUCCACCAGCAAGCAACGAGAGUACCAUGAGCGGGAGAUCAGCCGACUGAAUAAAGCCCUGGAGGAAGCUCUGAAACUUCGUGAGUUGGCUUCUCAUUCUCCCUCAAUCACUGCCUCUGCAGAGGACACUUGGUUUCUGCAACGCCAGGAACUCCUAACCCAGAAUGACCUUCUCAAGCAACAGGUGACCAUCUUUGAGGAAGACUUCAAGAGGGAGCGCAGUGACCGGGAACGUAUGAAUGAGGAAAAGGAGGAGCUGAAGAGACAGCUGGAACAUCUUCAAGCACAACUGGCUCAGGCAAAAGCCCAGUUGCGCGCUUGCCAGGAGGAUAUGCGAAGGGAGAGAGAGGGUCCACGUGACAUGACAAGGCAACAGGCCUUGGGAGAAAGAUACAAUCAAGAUCCCCACACAGGACCUGCAUGCCCGCCUUACCAAUAUCACCAAUACCCAUACAGCCCUCCUGCCUUAAUUUACCAAGGCUUUGAUGAUUGGCAGAUCUGCUACCCUCCUCAAAAUGUUGCUCCAGAACACAGUCAAGUUCAAGACUUGCCUAAUGCUCCUCCGCCUGUGUAUCAAUGGAAAACUCCCAAUGCCCCUCCGCGAUCACAUAAACCAAAGGAAGCAGAGAUGCUAAACUCUAGAAAGAAGGAGCAAGAGGUGAAGCGAGGAACCCAAAUUCCACAGAGACCAACCUGAGCGGGUACUAUGAAGGCAACAACGUUUUGUGAUUCACUUAGUGCUGGUACUGCCUCCU